AUGGCAGCCACCGUCAGGAGGCAGAGGCCGAGGAGGCUAGCCUGUUGGGUCUUGAUGGCUGUGCUCUUGGCAGAUCUGUUGGCACUGAGUGACACGCUGGCAGUGAUGUCUGUGGACCUGGGCAGCGAGUCCAUGAAGGUGGCCAUCGUCAAACCCGGAGUGCCCAUGGAAAUUGUCUUGAACAAGGAAUCCCGGAGGAAAACCCCAGUGACUGUGACCCUGAAAGAAAAUGAAAGAUUCUUUGGAGACAGUGCAGCAAGCAUGGCCAUCAAGAAUCCAAAGGCGACACUGCGUUACUUCCAGCACCUCUUGGGGAAGCAGGAGGGAAACCCCCAUGUGGCCCUUUACAGAGCCCGUUUUCCAGAGCAUGAGCUAGGCUUCGACCCACAGAGGCAGACUGUGCACUUCCAAAUCAGUCCGCAGCUACAGUUCUCACCUGAGGAGGUACUCGGCAUGGUUCUCAAUUACUCACGUUCCCUGGCUGAAGAUUUUGCAGAGCAGCCCAUCAAGGAUGCAGUGAUCACCGUGCCAGCCUUCUUCAAUCAGGCCGAGCGCCGAGCUGUGCUGCAGGCGGCUCGCAUGGCUGGCCUCAAAGUGCUACAGCUCAUCAAUGACAACACCGCCACCGCCCUCAGCUACGGCGUCUUCCGCCGGAAAGAUAUCAACACCACUGCCCAGAACGUCAUGUUCUAUGACAUGGGCUCUGGCAGCACCGUGUGCACCAUUGUCACCUACCAGACGGUGAAGACUAAGGAGGCGGGGAUGCAGCCACAGCUGCAGAUCCGGGGAGUGGGAUUUGACCGCACCCUGGGGGGCUUGGAGAUGGAACUCCGGCUGCGUGAGCACCUGGCAAGGCUUUUCAACAAACAGCGGAAGGGCCAGGGAGCUAAGGAUGUGCGGGAGAACCCCCGUGCCAUGGCCAAGCUGCUACGGGAGGCGAAUCGACUCAAAACCGUCCUGAGUGCCAACGCUGAUCACAUGGCACAGAUCGAGGGCCUGAUGGAUGAUGUGGACUUCAAGGCGAAAGUGACCCGUGCGGAGUUUGAGGAGUUGUGUGCAGAUUUAUUUGAGCGGGUGCCCGGGCCUGUGCAGCAGGCCCUCCAGAGUGCCGAAAUGAAUUUGGUGAGGGGUCUCUGGGUUUUCUUCCUCCUAGAACUUGGCAACACCAUCUCCAGCCUGUUUGGAGGUGGUACCACACCAGACACUAAAGAGAAUGGUACAGACACUGUCCAGGAGGAAGAGGAGAGCCCUGCUGAGGGGAGCAAGGAUGAGCCUGGAGAGCAAGCGGAGCUCAAGGAGGAGGCGGAGGCCCCAGCGGAGGACACCUCGCCGCCCCCACCCACUGAGCCGAAGGAGGCUGCGGUUCCUGAGGAAGAAAAGGCCACAGAAAAAGAAAACGAGGAAAAGCCUGAGGCCCAGAAGCCAAGUGAGAAAAAGGAGGCAGGGUCUGAGGCUGCCCCUCCAGCCCCAGAGGAAGAAAAGAAGCAGAAGCCUGCCCGGAAGCAAAGAAUGGUAGAGGAGAUUGGGGUGGAGCUGGUGGUUCUGGACCUGCCUGACUUGCCCGAGGAUGAGCUGGCCCACUCAGUGCAAAAACUUCAAGACUUGACGUCCCGAGACUUAGAGAAGCAGGAACGGGAAAAGGCUGCCAACAGCUUGGAAGCUUUUAUCUUUGAGACCCAGGACAAACUGUACCAACCCGAGUACCAGGAAGUGUCCACAGAGGAGCAGCGUGAAGAGAUCUCUGGGAAACUCGGCGCUGCCUCCGCCUGGCUGGAGGACGAGGGCUUUGGGGCCACCACAGUGAUGCUGAAGGAGAAGCUGACUGAGCUGAGGAAGCUAUGCCACGGGUUGUUUUUUCGGGUAGAAGAGCGCAAGAAGUGGCCCGAACGGCUGGCUGCCCUUGAUAAUCUCCUCAACCAUUCCAGCAUGUUCCUCAAGGGCGCCCGGCUCAUCCCAGAGAUGGAGCAGAUCUUCACUGAGGUGGAGAUGACAACGCUGGAGAAAGUCAUCAACGAAACCUGGGCCUGGAAGAAUGCGACCAUGGCCGAGCAGGCCAAGCUUCCCGCCACAGAGAAACCCGUGUUGCUCUCAAAAGACAUCGAGGCCAAGAUGAUGGCCCUGGACCGUGAGGUGCAGUAUCUGCUCAACAAGGCCAAGUUUACCAAGCCCCGGCCCCGACCCAAGGACAAGAAUGCAACCCGGGCAGAGCCUCCCCUCAAUGCCAGUGCCAGUGACCAAGCAGAGAAGGUCAUCCUUCCACCAGGCCAGACUGAAGAUGCAAAGCCCAUUUCAGAACCUGAGAAAGAGACUGAGGCUAACCUCUUCCUCCCAAAAGCAGGAUCUGAACAGGCAGACACCGAACCUCUGGAGUUAGAAGGUCCUGGAGCAGCAGAACCGGAACAGAAGGAGCAGCCGACAGGACAGAAGCGGACUUUGAAGAAUGAUGAAUUAUAA